AUGAGAUUCACCAAUGUAGGCUUUAUUGGCCUUGGGGCUAUGGGCAAGCACAUGGCGGAACAACUUGCGACAAAGCUACCUGACGCUGCAAAAGUCUUCGUGUUCGACGUGGCAAAGCCUGCUGUUGAAGAACUGGUAGCGAAAUACCCCGGUAAAAUCAUCGAAUGCACGUCACCUAAGCACGUAGCAGAAAAUUCGGAAGUUAUUCUUUCCAUGGUCCCAGAAGGUGCCCAUGUGAGAUCUGUCUACCUCGAUGAAACCAGCGGUGUGGCAGCUAUUGAUCUCGAGAAACGUAUUCUCAUUGAUUGUUCUACCAUCGACCUCGCCACAAGUCUCGCAGUCAAGCAAUAUAUUAUCGAGCGUCACCCAUCCGCAUCAUUCUACGACGCUCCUGUCAGUGGCGGCACACUUGGAGCAGCCAAGGGAACUAUUGCUUUCUUCCUUGGUUGUGUCGAGAGUGACCCGCUAUUCACCACUCUCACAGAACUUCUCAGUCUAAUGGGCUCGAAGAUCAUUGCCUGUGGGGGCCCUUCACUUGGGCUGUCUGCCAAGUUGUGCAAUAACUAUCUUUCCGGUCUGAUCGCAAUUGCUAGUGCUGAAUCUCUCAAUAUGGGUAUCAAGGCAGGACUGGACCCCCGGGUUUUGUCAAAUGUCUUUGCGGCAGGCACGGCUCAGAAUAAUGUCUGUGAUCGUUUUAAUCCUUGUCCCGGCGUUGUUCCAGAUGCUCCUUCGAGCAAUGGGUACCAAGGUGGUUUUAAGGUUCAGUUGAUGAAGAAGGAUAUCUCGCUUGCAGUGGAUUUAGCUGGUAGUGUGGGCGCUACACUCGCCUUGGGACAACGAGGGCUCGAGACAUAUCAGGCUGCGUCUAAUGAUCCUGAAUGUGUUGACCGUGAUUCGCGUGUGGUUUUCCGGUAUAUCGGGGGUGAUGAGAACUGGGCACAGAAAUUCCAGUGA